UAUCGUACAAAGUCACAGAAGUUCUAACAGCCUUUCGUUCGUGACGCGUUUUGCCUUAGCCUCAGACCGCUUUAAGCCUUUACGACUACCAACAUGAGGAUAUCUCUCGGUCUUGUCCUUCUUCUCACGGCAGGCUUUGCCUUCUCCGGUGUUGAAGGUGUAACUGCGUGUGCAAGGGCCUUAGUCAUCAUGUUGAGGAACACAGAGAAGGCAUCUGCCUCCAUUGAAUGCAAGUCGGAUCCAAAGGGAAGUGCUGCCUUGACUGCCCUCGCAGGUGAUCCUGUCUGCAAAAACUACAAGUUCACUGUCGGCGAUCAGAAGUGCGAAAUUCUCGCAGUUCCCUACAUGAAAUGUGUAGCUGGAAAACUUGGAAUCUUGAACGAUGAUGGCUCCAUCAACAACACGAAGAUCUUAGCUAAGUUCAAGUCUUACGCCACCAGCAAACCUGGCUGCGACGCACCCGAGUACGACUUCGGUGCGAAAAAAUGUGGCACUCAAAUCAACAACUACGCGUUCCUGAAGAAGGCUGCAUGCAUCGCCUCCUUUGCGAGCAAGUACACUGGGUGACCUGCACCAGCUGGUCCUCAUUCCUACAUCUGACUGGCGGCUUUGGAAUGUUCACAACAGGUUUAAAAAGUUUCGGAACACUUCAACAAUGGAUAUUUUUUUAUUAUUUCACCCAAGCUGUGCGAAAUAACUUACAAUACAUUAUCUGCAUGAA